AUGACUAAGAGUGUAGAAGAAACGUUAAAGGGAGCUGAUAUUAAAUUGCUCUUGAUCGACUUUGAUGGUACAUUAUUUGUAGAUAAGGAUAUAAAAGUACCUAAAGAAAAUAUAGAAGCAAUUAAAGAGGCUAUUGAAAAAGGGUAUAUGGUAAGUAUAUGCACAGGGAGGUCAAAGGUUGGUAUUUUAAGUGCAUUUGGUGAAGAGAAUUUAAAAACAAUGAACUUUUAUGGUAUGCCAGGAGUUUAUAUUAAUGGUACUAUAGUAUAUGAUCAAAUUGGAUAUACCUUACUUGAUGAAACUAUUCAAACUGAUGUUUAUGCAGAAUUAAUAAAUUAUCUUGUUGAAAAAAACUUAGUUAAUCAAACCAUUUUUCACAGAGGUGAAUCAAAUUAUGUUACUGAAGAUAAUAAAUAUGCAGAUUUUUUACAAAAAAAUUAUAGUGAAAAUAGAAGUAUAAUUAUUAGACAUAAUGAGCUGUUAAAAUAUAAAACGAUGAAUAAGCUUAUGGUAGUAUUAGAUCCAUCUGAAUCAAAACAAGUUAUAGAUAACUUAAAGAAAAAGUUUUCAAAAAAAUUGACAAUAUUUACAACAUAUAAUGGACAUGCAGAAGUAACAAAAUUAGGCCAUGACAAAUUUACAGGUAUUAAUUAUUUAUUAACACAUUAUAAUAUUUCAAAUGAUCAAGUUUUAGUAGUAGGUGAUGCAGAAAAUGAUAUAGCUAUGCUAUCCAAUUUUAAAUAUUCUUUUGUUGUAGCAAAUGCAACUGAAUCAGCAAAAGCUCAUGCAAAAUGCAUUCUUCCUUUAUCUCAUAAAGAAGGUGCUGUUGCUUAUUUACUAAAAAAAGUAUUUGAACUUAAAAAAUAA